AUGCCGCGGCUUUUCGAUGUGUCCGCCGCCCAGAAUUUCUUCUCCGGCGGGUUACCACAAGAUCCUGCUGCGUACGUGGCGACUUCGCUACAGGAACUGGAUCUCGGGAAUAAUAGGCUGCCCCAUCAGUUAACUUCCUCCUACGCUACCUCCCCUUCCCCACACCCCCCAGUCCCCAUCCCCGCCUUCUGCCAGGGCAAUCAAGCCCUCAUCUUCCUCACUUGCUCACUACUCUUUCUUCCUACUUUUCUGUCUCUCCCCUCCUCGCUCCUCGUCCCUCGCCCCAUCAUCCCCCUCAGGCCCCAUCCCCGCCUUCUGCCAGGGCAACCACCAGGCCAUCCGCUUCCUCGCUUACUCACCUCUUUAUUUGACUCUUCCUUCCUCCCUGCUCUAUCCCUGUGCUUGCUCCUACCUCCCAUCCCCUCCCCCUCAGGCCCCAUCCCCGCCUUCUGCCAGGGCAACCACCAGGCCAUCCGCUUCCUCAAUCUCGCCUCCAACGCCCUCUCCGGCCCGCCCACCCCGCUCUCCUCCCCCUCCUGCUCCGCCUCCCUCGCCUACCUCAACCUCUCCUCCAAUCGCCUCUCCGGCUCCAUCCCUGCUACAGUCAGCUCCUUCAAUCGCCUCAAGCGCCUGUCCCUCUACAGUAACGCCCUCACGGGAGCGAUCCCAGCCGGUGUGAGCAAGAUGAAGCAUCUGCUAACACUCAGAUUGUCAUACAACAACCUCACAGGUUCCAUUCCCGCGGUUUGGCCGAAAAGCAUAAGGCAAGUGCUGCUGGCGGGGAAUCGGCUGUCAGGGCCUGUUCCAGCUGCUCUGAGCAAGCUGAAGAGAGGCUCGUUCAAACCAGGGAACGACAAUCUAUGCGGGAAACCGUUGCCUGCCUGUGCUUAA